UCAUUCUUUAGGGGCUAAACAAAAAAUAGAGAAUAGUCAUUACAGUUUUUGCAAAGUCUGAAAAUCAGGACCAAGCAAAUAUGAAGGAAUAUCAUAAUAACAACCAUCUAGAACACACAAAAAAAACACUAUGAAUUACAAAUCUCAAACUGCAUAAAAGUUUCAAACUGUGUGCAAAUUCGCUAAUCAAAGCAACUUAAAAAGACUGCCUAGUCAUUGCAUACAUUUAGGGAAGGCGAAGCUUACAUCUAAAUGAGGCGAUUUAUCUUUAAAUAAUGGAACCACUCCAAGUUCUAAUAAGCCUGUUUCAACGAAACUGCGUUAUUAGCAUUUGCUGGAGGGCUGCAGCAAACACUAGUCUCAAGGGUAUGUGGUCCCAAAUUCAGUGAUUAUGCAGUUGUUAAAGGUAUUCAUCUAUGCACUUUUUCUAUCCUUUUCCUGACCAUACACUACUGAUAAAGCCAACUAAAUAAACUCUUUUUUUUCCCCACAAGUUCCUUUCUCAAGCCGAUGCAUAAAUUCAGAAUACAUCAAAUUACAUGAAUGAAAAAGAGAGAAGAAAAUUAUUUCUUUUCCUCUGAAAUGCAAAUCUUAAUUAAAUAAUAAAUGUGCAAGUUAUUUAAAUAAGUGGUUUGAUAACAAUACUUUGAUGAGGGUUUCACUCCAUGUUAUAAUUCCCUUAUUCUAAGGUCUUACUCAUUAAAAUAAACACACACACUCACAUACAACACAAAAUCCAUCAGUCAAAUCCAUUUAAAAACUAAAAUGGGGGAAAAAAAAAAAUCUAUGAGAAAUUAUACAACAAAAACAUACCUUACGAGGAUUAAUAUUACCCUCUCAGAGUAUAUAAAACCCCUUGAUAUAUCUGUAAUUACUACCAACUGCAGAUAUUACAGACCUGCCACUAUAAAGAACCAAAAAAGACUCCUCCUCAUAAUAAAUAACCAAGAAAAGCUUCUAAAAUACGUAAUCAUUUCUCUCCCGAAGAACCACAUGAUACCCACAGCCUCACUUGGGGGGGAGAAAAACACCCUUAUUUACGGGAAACUGACUGCAUAACCACUUCGAAAAAACGCCCAGGUCAGCCGAGUGAGCCUUCAAGAACACCUUUCCGUGGGGGGUAUUCUUGGACACGCGAAAUACGAAGCAGAAAGAGGAGAAUAAGUGAGAAAAAUUCUUACCACGGGAUGUCGAUGGAUCCGCGUCUCAACCCUGCGCCUCGGCUGUGGCUUCGUAUUCGAGAAGGUGUGUUUAUUGUGGGAUCGGUAAUGUUGUCGUUUACUUACUAUUGUUCAUUUUUUGCGUUGCUGAAAUUGUAAGGAUGGCUCAUUGAAGAUGGUUCAAACGCAGUCGUACCAACAUCGGCAGGACACCCAGCAAGGGCACACUAAUCUCUGGCAGUGCGUUUACAGUAUUUGGCGAAGAGGCAAAAUGAGGAUGGCACUGUCAAGACGAAGAUGCUCGUGCGUGUGGGGCUGGUUGCUGAGCCUCUUGGCCUUUUUGUAUUUCUCUGGCCUGUACCAGUACCUUCUAGCAUGGUCAUAUUCCAAGCACUACACACACUGGGGCCCACUGCUCUCCCUCGACCCCAUCAUGGAGAAGAUGAGAGCAGGAGAAGAGGUGGCACAGAAACCGGUCAAUGAGUUCACCCACACAUAUAUCCAUUCCAGUACAGAAAAGUGUGAAACUCAAGAUUCCAUUCGGCUGAUGUACGUCGUGAAGUCGGCAGUCCAAAACUUUGACAAGAGGAAAGGAAUUCGAAACUCGUGGGGAUUUGAAGGCAGGUUCUCCGACGUGGAAAUUAGAACUGUUUUUCUCCUGGGAACAAGACCGAGUGAGCCCCAGCUGCAGGAGAGAGUUGAUAAAGAAGCAGAGGAAUACAAGGACAUCAUACAAGCUGAUUUUAUUGACUCUUAUUAUAACAACACUCUAAAAGCAAUGAUGGGGAUACAUUGGACAUACCAGCAUUGCCAGUACGUGAAAUAUUUUUUGUUUGUUGAUGAUGACUACUAUGUUUCAACAAGAAACAUGCUUCGUUUUCUACGGGAUCCAGCAAACUACCCACAGUAUUUGGAGAAGUAUGUGGUAUCUGCAGUAAACGAAUAUAAAGAUUUCUUGUAUGCAGGUUAUGUUUUCAACAAUUCUCUUCCCAUAAGGUGGAUUUUCAACAAGUGGUAUGUCUCAUUAGAGGAGUACCCUUAUUCACACUGGCCACCAUAUAUUACAGCAGGUGCAUAUGUGCUGUCCAGGAAGAGUUUGGAGUACCUUUACAUUGGUAGUAUAUACACAAACUACUUCCGUUUUGAUGACAUAUUCCUGGGAAUGGCUGCUAAGAAGGCUGGACUCGUACCCUUCCACCAUAAUGAGUUUUAUUUUGAUAGGAAGACAUAUAGCAAAGAAAACUACAAGUGGGUCAUUGCCUCACAUGGAUUUAAUGAUCCUGGAGAGCUGAUGGAUGUGUGGAGUGAACAGAGAUCAGCUGGCAAUACAUAAAUAGAAUCUAUGAUCUCCAUUUGCACAAGUUAUGUCUUUGCAUACCUCAGUUACAUUACAGUUCUGUAAAGUUCUUACAUUUUACUUACCAAGACCUUUUGUUUAUUCCCUUUUCAGCAUUUUUUCUGUAGUAUUAUCUUUAAUAGGAACAUUAACCAUUUGAAAGGUGCAGAAAUGUUUCCCAGUUCUAUAUUGAUUCUCAGAUUAUUUCUCUGAUAUUUCUUUACUUGCUGAAUAGGUAGUACAAAGUCCAUGAUGUAUAUAGUGCAAUUAUGAAUUACUGGAUAUGACAUAUCCAUCUUUAUGUUUGUUUUUCUGUAUAAAUUGCAUUUGAUUGUAUGUAUAAGGCAUUGAUUUUCCAAAGAGAUUUACUAUCACUGAUUUUGAAGUCUCCAUUUAUGCAAUCCUUUUCAGUAUUUACAGGCAAGUAACCCUAAAAGGAGAGAUGUACAUUUUAGGUUGCAAUUGAACAUUGGCAAUGCAGAGAUAUUUAUUCAUGACUUUGACUUUAUUUUCAUUUCCUUAUUCAUGUUGAAAUCAGUGGUUCCUAUACUGGGUCUGUGCCUUCCAAGGGUUUGGUGUGAACGUAGAGGAGGAAAAUAGGAAUUUCUCCAUCUACUUUAGAAAUUCUCUCAAUCCAUGUUAAAUUGUAUAGGAGUUUUUAAUACAGGAAAAUUGGUCAAUGAAGAAUACUAAAAAUGCAUCUUUUUUCAGUUGAAAUUUUUGAUUCAGGAGUCAUCUUUAAUCAUUAGGUUGAAGGGGUAUACAAAUAAACUAGAAACCACAUGAAGGGAUAUGGAGGUAACAAGUGUAAGAACCACUGAUGUAGAUGGUAAUCUAUUUGUGGUGCUUUCAACUUCUCUUAAUUGAUAGUGUAGACAUAACAGCAAAGUGUGGAUUUGCUACUACAGUCCAAUGAUACCUUUGUACUUUUUUUUAACUAAAAUAAAUGACAAGAAUAUAGUGUAUUUAGUGUUAGGGUACAAUUUAUUUAUUUUUUGGUAUUACACACUGUGAAUGCUUUUACCUAGUUGAAAAAUUUAAACAAAUGUCAAAAGUUUUCCCUUUCUAUCAAGUGCAAUGCUUAUAGCAAUACUACUAGGUUAUACGUGAUUGGAUUAAUGAUGAAUUAUUCAAACUGCAAGUUCCCUUUUCCAUUUGGUCAUGUAUUUUUUUAAUAGAAAAUGAAAUGUGUCUUCCCUUUGCUAUAUCACAUUUAUUUUAUUGUAUUUUUCGUCUUUCAUUAACUUACUAAACUGGCAAUGUAACUGUUGUCUUAGUGUGAUGUAGCACUUCCUUAAGGUGCCAGAAUUUUACAUGAAGAAAUUUCUAGUUUUUCUUUAUGUACUGUGACAUGGGAUAUGAGGUAAUGGCUUUGCUACUAUAGGCCGUCUAGAUAAUCUUUAAGGUAGGCAAAGCAGUGGAGCUGGAGUUGAAACUUUCUUUUGGGAUAAAGCCCUAGAUAUGUGUUCAAUAUGCUUUCUUUAAGAGGCUGAAUACUUUGAACCAUUAUUAGCUCUUGCUACUAAUUAAUAUGAUUAUUAUUUCACUAACUGCAGCUACAGGGAAAGGAAAAGCAGUCUGCAAAUCUCUGCCACAAAAUGUAUAGUGAGCAUAUUACUGAGUGAUGGGUAGAAUAUAUAUCUUAGAUCUUGGUAGAAGUUGCUGUAUGUUAUAUACAGUUAUCAUGGCUAAGAAGAAUGAUCAUUGCAGUGUUCAUAUAAUCCAUGGUUGGUUGCAUGAACAUUGAUAACCCCUAUAACUCAUUAUCAACAGAUGAAUCAGGAUAUCAUACAUGGUUCACCUGUGUUGUAUGCCUGUGGUGUAAGAUUUGUUAAUGUCAAGAGGAAGGCUUGCAUCUGUCCAUGAAUUAUAUGAGCAUGUCCUGAAUUUCUUCCUGUUGGUAGCAGGAUGUACCUAGCUUAAUCUGAAUAUCAGUGGUUUGUGAGUAUGCCUACAGUUAGAAAUAUGGUUUGUUAAGAUACAACCUUUUAGUAGCAGUUGUAAAGAAAUUGUCACUUUGGGAAUUGGUUUUCCUGUUUAUAAAUCAUAUUGUUGCUAGAAAUGUGGAUAGAUGAAGAAGAGUAAAGGAACAAACUUCUACAUUUAAUAUAUUUAUUCAAAGAAAGUCCAGGGAAUGAUUAAUGAAUGUAUAGGAACCUAUUUAUCAGGUGGUUGCUAUUAAGUUGAUUUUUUGUCUUUUUUUUUUUGCCAUCAUGUACUGAAUGAAUUUGCCCAACUCUUAUGACAUAAAUUAAGAACAGAGCAGCUAGAAAGUGGAAUAGCUUUUGACAGCAUAUCUGUGAUACUGACAUGAUUAAUUGAAUAAUUGCUUCCAUAACCCAGUUUAGUUGUAUAUUAAAUGGAAUUUUAACAGGGUCCCAAUACUGCAUGUUGGUAUUAUGUUAUUUUGCCUUCUGUAAACCUUUUGUUCUAGAAAUGUGUAAAAGAAGUUGGAAGUUGGGGGUCUAACUUUGAUUUAUAAGGUGUAAAUACAACAAAAUUUCUUUUUGAUAGUAUGAUAUUCCUUGAAUAUUGAUGUAUGAAUUGCUGGUUGUGAUUUUGUGGUUUUCUACGAUGUUCACCAAAUGAAAGGCUAAUCUCUCUCUUUCUAAGUCUCCCCUCCUACAUUUUUCAUUCUUUCUUUUAUCAUUAUGCUCCCUGACCCUUCUACUCUUCCUUUCACUGGCUCAUAAGAAAUGAAAUUGAAGACAGAAACUAUCAGUAUUUUUUUCUGGUGAUAUUAUCCUGAUAUAUGGAUGUUGCUUCUUGUAUGUAACAAUGGUAUCUUUUUUUGCUUUUUUAUUGGGGGGGGAGUGCAAUUCAAGAUAAGCAAGCUCUCUGAUUAUUAUUGACAACUGAUGUGAAAUUGAUGGAGUAAUAUUUUUCAUUCUGAUGUGAAAUUCAUCUGGUGUUUUCUUAAACUUCUGCAGUGAUUUCUAGAUCAUGCAGUAUAUGUGAUUUUAUUAUCUAUGUUUUGUAAGUGGAUUUCUUGUGUUAAUAAAAUUUAUGUUGUUC